UUCGUCAUGGAGGUCAAGGUGCUGUGUGUCUGCUGUGAGAGGAGAGGCAGCAGCAGGGGGAAGAUAAGGUGAAUGGGAAUCAACGCAUGUCAUUGUGCUGCGUGGUGGAAGGCUACAUAGAGAGAGAGGGAACGAGAGAGAGGAGGAGAGCGAGAGAAGAAGAGGGAGAGCUAGAGUGGUGAGAGCUUGCGAGGAGAGGGAGAGCGAAAGAGGCUCCACUCCGCUCACAUCGCAGGCUGACUGGCUCGCACGCUCACUGUUGACGAAUGAGCUGUCUACCCGUGUGUCUGGGAAACGGUGGCUUGUGACAAGGCAAGCUGGGGAGAGAGAGGAACAUGAACGUAAUGCGUACCUUGCCUCGCUUGCUUUCAGAUACCGGCCAGAAGAAGACUCAGGAGAAGAAGGAUGGCAGCAGACGCAUGUCGUUCCAGAGACCCAAAGGAACCGUUGAGUAUGCUGUAAGUAAACAGGGUUUCAGACUGUGUCUUCUCUGUCUGGGUGUUUUUAAUGCUUUUUACUGCUGCUACUGCUGUGCUUCUGUGUGUCUACUGGCUGUUGCCCUGCUGUUGUGUUGGUGUGUUAUGAAAAUGAGCCUGGCCAUGCUGGCUCACAUCGUUGUGUGUGUGUGUGUGUGUGUGUGUGGAGGGAGAGAACGAAGCGUUUAGUAUUUUGCUACAGUCGCACGUGUGCAUCGUUCGAUGUCUGUUUACAUAAAGGGUGACUUUUUUAUCGCCAGCCAGAGCUAUUGCCUUUCUACCGUAUGAUGGGAAUGUAUUCUAAUAGAUUAGACAUGUGUAUCAAUCCUGUUCCAUUUUGCAUUCUGAUGUAUAGGAGGAGAGAGGAUUGUAGCUGUGUACGUAUGUAUGUUUUGGCCAGAGGGGAGGGGAGGGCAGGGGGGUGGAGAGAGGGGGAGUCAGAAUGUGUAGUCUAUUUGUUAUUCUAUUCAUUCUGUGUGGCGCUUAGCAGCGAGCAUUCCACUGCUGUUUACGAAUUACCUUCCACCUGGUGUUGUCAUUUCUAAUGAUUUGGCAUCUCUUUUGUGUGAGAGUGAGACAGACCCGUAUCCAGUGACCUGAAAAUGGAGCCUGUCUCUGCUGCUGCUCUGGCUGGUAGUGUUCUUGAAAUGACCCUCAAAUCCAGCUUCAGUCAGGCAGGUUUCUCUCUUCUCUUCUCGUUUCUCCCUGGUAACGCUGCAUGGGAAGCGGAAUGCAGUGGAGCUCGAUAAGCCUGGCCACGGAGGAGAGGAGGGAGGGAGGGAGGGAGGGAGUGAGGGAGGAGAGGGAAAGCUGGUGGCCACAGCUAUCAUUUAGCCAGCACAUUGAUUUCCACCUUGUUUGAUGACAUGGUUCAGCAUCCAGAGACAUGUUUUUCCCCCUUAUAUUUCCUCUCUCUCUCUCUUAGUAAUUGCUCUGCUGCUUUGAUUCAGCAGUGAUUGCGUGCGUCCUUCCAAUGCUUUCUGUUAUCUCUGGUGUUGCUGUUGCACUUGGCACCUUUUGGACAGGUGUCAUUCAGAACAGCCCCUACCCCCACCUCUGAGCCGCUCUUACCACCUCCCCUCAGAACAGACCUGGCUGUCUCUCUGUGCCACAGGGUGAUUGACAAGCCAGUUGUUUUAUGCUGGGGCGUGAAAAGUGUACAAUGGCAGGAGGACAGGACAGGAUAUUUGUCAAAGGAAAGGCAGUUUGUCAUGGACUGGUGUUGGGGGGGGGAGAGAGAGAGAGGGGGUGUUACAGUGGAUAAACAUUAGAUUCAGGGAAAAUAUGCUUAUAUCAUAUCUCACUCACACAACAGCACGCACCACCAUCUCCCCAGCCUGCUGGCCACUACACCCCCCCCUUCUCUCUCUCUCUGUCUCUCUCUCUGUGUGUUUCUCUCUCUCUCUGUUUCUCUCUCUCUCUCUCUCUGUGUUUCUCUCUCUCUCUCCCGCGGGAAGGAUCCCAGAUAAUAUUGUGAUGGAUGGAGGGACCCAUGCCAACGGUUGUGUGAAGUUUCCAGUCAUGACAUGCUGCAACGCCGGCCUUUAGAGAGUUUUUAAGGUUGUGUGGCAUGGCUACCUCCAUCCCUCACACACACACACAGACACACAUACACACACGUGCGUGCAUAGAGACAUACACACACACAGCACCCGUCCUACGAGAUAGCCCUAGAUGCAUGGAGACUUUCCCAGUGAUUGAGAAGCGGCUUUAUCUUAAACUGAUCUUCCACGCUGUGCUGUGCUGCGCUGGGCCUGGGGACGGAUGGCUACUGUUUCCAUCCGUUCUCACCAGAUAGAUACGUUUAUAAUCCGCUGCCUGGUGCCUACAGCAAAGGAAAGGGAGGCUUUGCUGCUUUAUCAAAUAUUAUGAUCUCUCUCCGCCUAGAGACAGAUAACGCCUUCUCAUUCUGAUGGGCACACCUAUUGGCUGACCUUCAGCCAAUUAAAAAUGGUGUUUGUUUGAACUCCAGGAAGUAGAGGGGAAUGGAAUGGACUACACUGUCGUUCCAUGUCAUUUCAGCAAGCCAUCUCAGAUUGUCCUGAAAUCGUUUCUGUAGAUAGAAAAAGAUAAGAUUAGCAUUCCUGCAACAUUAUUUUGUUGAAAUAUAAUUGAUUGCACCCAAAUUGGCCAUUUUGAAUUAUAGGAUUCAUUUAAUAUUCAAUAAAUAUAGUACAUAACAUCUGAUUUGGACCCCAAAAAUUCUAACAAUGAAGAAGACAUGGAUCAAAUUAUGGAUCAAAUUAUAUUUCAACAAAAUAAUGUUGCAUAUUUUUCUAGCUACAGAAACGAUUUCAGAACAUUCUGAUGGUGGGUGUCGAAAUCCUCUUUCUUGUGCUUUUUGAGGUGGAAUGACCCUACAGCAACGGUGAGACAUUUUAAUGUGUCUUAAUACUGCAGUUAAUGACUCUACACAUCUUCCAGUUGUGUGGUAAUUCAGCACAGUGUUAGGUAAGGACUCCUAAUGACUGUAGUAUGCACUGUGCCGCGCUGCAGGUAGGGUGUGUGUGUGUGUGUGCGCGUUGAAUUGAUUACUGGAAAUGGAUGAGUCAGUCAGUGUGGGACUGCGUCCUCACAAUCACUCCUUUUGAUAGCAUUAUUCACACUGGUGUGGGGCCAGAAUGGGCCCACUGUUUCAGGCUUUUCACAUCUGUAUGUAUGUGAGAGAGAGAGAUGAGAGGAGAGGCCAGUCAUCAGCACUGUCACCACCCACUCUGUCACAAUAACAACUCUGAGGAGCAGCAGUCAAAUGUCAACGCAUGUGCUGCAGCUCCACUAUCUUCUCACCUACUAUAAGCACCAUGCUUAUUGGAGAUGUAGUAGCCAUGGCAAUGCCAUGUUCUGUUAGCUUCUUCUAGGCCAAUGUAUGUGUCCCAUAUGGUUCCUAUUAGGGAUGUAACGAUUCACCAAUAUGCAUCGGUCCCCGGUUCAAAUGUUUAAGUAGCAAUGGUCAUUGAAAUGUUUAAACUUUUUUUUAAACAAUUAUAAUUAAUGCAACAGUUGGGCAUUGGAUGAUGAUACUCCCAAAUUUGUGAAUUGUUAUAAUCCAUCAGAUAUUGACUGAAUUAUAGCAUAUAAAACACUUUACUGGCAUGGACAAAUAAUGGAGUUCAGUGAUUUUGGUGGGAAUUCAGGUAAUUUAUUGUAAUUUUGUAUUUAUUCGUUAUAAACAAAUGUAAUGAUAGGUGCCUAAUUUGCAUAAACACACUGACGUUUUUACAUAUAUGCAUAUAUGCAUAAAUUAACAUAAAGGGGGGAACAGGGCUGCAACCACCAAACACUUGCUGUCUACCCUACCUGCGCUCUCUAGACUGCCUCAUGAAUUACUGUUGUGGUCACGUUCUCUUGCAUAAUUCAACAAGUGUGUCAAUAGCAGGAUACCCUCGGAUUAAAAAUCAACACACUUGGCUUGAAUUGGAGUCACGGUCUCCUUUGCUGUGCUGUUUCCUCUGCCUCUGACUGGGAGAAUGUCUGUCCUAGCUGUCAGUUGUAAUAGCUGUAAAAUUAGGCAUCUGAAUGAUGAACAACGGCACAGCAGUGGCACACACAGUGCAUGCCAUUAGGGUAGUAAAGACAAAGUCGCUAUGGCAACUGUCAUCCCAUAUGCACAUAGCCAGGCUUCAUCAGACAGGCUGCAUUGUAAGCCUCUGGAGCCGAUAGUCCUUCUGAUAUUACAUUCUGGGUGAUUAAACCAUUUGCAGAAUGUAAAAUCUAUAUUCAUUCCUGUUUGAUUACGCACUCUGACUCAUUACAAUGUGUUGAUUGUGAUUCACCUGUCUGAUAUGUUUUUCUUUUUUUCACUUUUCUUUUUCAGUGACUCACAUUUCACCUUGUUUUGGAUUCUAUCAGUUUUGACGUCGGUUUAUUGGGAAUUGAAUUGGCUUGAUUAAUCCCUGGAUUAGAGAAUUUUCUCUCUCUCAAUAUAUAUAUAUAUAUAUAUAUAUAUAUAUAUAUAUAUAUAUAUAUAUAUAUAUAUAUAUAUAUAUAUAUAUUUUUUCAUGCAUUUACUGUAUCUGGGCCAGGUUAUAGCUUACUUAGCAAGCAUCAACAUGAUGGUAGGCUACACUGCUGUUCCACGGGUCUGUCCAGUCUGAUGUUCCACCACAGGGUAGAGUUUUGGACAUGUGUGUCUUUUUAUGGCACCAUUAGUCAGCUCUGUCUGUCUGUCCUUCUUGAAUCAGUUUGUCCUCUCAGUCAGACAAGGUGACCAUUACCAGUCACCAGGAUGUCUGUAACAUACUGUAUGUAUGUGUGUGUGUCUGGUGUGUGUGUCCUCCUAAUAUGGAUUGUCUAACAGUUAGGCAAUACGCAUAUAAUAAUUAGAAUUGUUAAUUCAUGAUUCCCAUCAACAGGCAUUAAAUUACUGUCCAAUAGGGAAACAGUGUUGAAACAGGUUGUAUUUGUGCCGAAAUGCAUGGUGCUGAAUUGAGGAGCUAAAGCUAAAAAUAAAUAGUCCAUGGAUGAGAUGUUAGCAAAUGGUACUCAGGAAGAAUCAAUGCAGUGUGCUGCUACUGCUGAACUAGUCUGGAUGAAAGACUGUACUGCCUGCAUUAGUGUUGGCGAUACAGUCUGUAACAGUAUGUGGUGGAUAUUGACUGUCUGCUUAUGUUCCCAACAAGCUAAAAUAGGAUUUGGCUUUCUGUCCGAAGAGACAUCCUUUUAUUCAAUCUCCUGCGAAACGAUAUAAAUAACAGUUAAUUUAACACUGCCACUCCAAGUAUUCUUAAGUUCUACACACUAAGUUGUAAAUAUUGUAGAGUUUUAUUCUUGAGCUUGUACUUUUUGUUGACAGGCUGGCUUGUUGUUUUAAGAUGUUGUUAACAUCUCUAGGCUGUAAAUGUGGUGGUUGUCAUUGCGAUGUCUCCUAGUCCAACUGUUUUGGUGUCUGUUAUCAACAGCAGUGCCUUUCUGUGCCUUCCUUUUCAAGACACUAUAUUCAUCAACAUGAUAUGUUGUAAUAGCCAAUCUGAUAAGACUACAAAUCAAUCACAGUAGUCCUUGAGUUGGCAGUUCUAAAAGCUAUGUCAUCGACAGUGUCAGUCUGCUGAAGUGAUUGGUUGUGUCCAAUAUUUUACCCUAUUCCCUAUAUAGUCCACUACUUUUGACCAGAGCCAUAUGCUGGCCCUGGUCAAAAGUAGUGCACUAUAUAGGAAAUAGGGUGCCAUUUCAGAUGCAGCCAAAUUGUUUAUUGGUUACAUUAAAAAGUUCCUUACAUCAUUUUGUCAUUUCCAGUCUUUAUACAGGCAUGGUUUGAUAUUGAUUCUGUCCAAGUAUUUUUGUUAUUUAGCUUGGUGUCCGGUUCAGUUAACAUCCAAAAUAGCACUAUCCUCAUGUAGUUUGCACUGGAAAAUUGUUUUGUUGUCUUCUAAAGAUGGUUUGGGAUUUUAAGUUGUUAAAAAAAACAGCGUGUGUAGUAUAAUUAAAAGUGCAAUAUGCAUAAGUCGCUCCGCCAUUUCCUGGUUGCAAAAAUUAUAAUAGUUAAACUAAAAUAAGGCUAUGUGACAAAACAAGCAGUGUAGGGAAUCAUUGUACCAUCUAAACCGCUGUGAAAUAUAUUUUCAAUAACCAAAAAUAUUUUCAACUGUUUAAAGCUGGUGUACAGAACCGAAAGUAAAAGACGCAAAAACGAACUUUAAGAAUGGGAAGCAUAGAAAUAGCGCACAUAGAACAGAUCUACCACUUCUUAGACUUGCUUUAAAUGAUACUGACAGAUCUAUAACUCACAUUUCUAUGUACAUUUGGUCGGGUCAUAUUGCAGCUUUUAGUCACUCCUCCCUAACACCACACACACACACACACACACGAGAGCGAUCCAUGGUUGCUAACAUGCUGACUACACCGGCCAUUUGUGCGCCUGCGUGCGCCAUCAUGUUGAUUUUGUCUAUCCUCGGCAGAUGCGAUCAUGACACGUAGGUUAAAAUACCAAAAUGAACUGUGAAUCAAUUAUAUUAAUUUCAGGGCAGGUCAAAACACACAUGAAACAUCUCACACACACACACACACACAUCAUCACUGAUAAACACACACACACACACACACACACAUCAUCACUGAUAACACACACACACACACACAUCAUCACUGUUAAACACACACACACACACACACACACAAAUCCCCUUCUCUUAGGCUGAACAUCUGAAGACAGAGAACCCGACUCAGAGCCAAUGCAACAGUGAUACUAACCUGGAGGGGACCUCGCCCAACUCAUCAGGACCAAUCAGAAGAUCAGAACUACUAGAUUCAACCUACUUCCUUUUAUUGUAUAAAAUGUCAGCACACAAUGUUUCGGGGCUCUCUCAGAUAUCUCCCUACGAGAUUGACGAACGGGUCCGUGCACGCGAUUCCAGAUAUCUUUACCUCUGAAUAAACUGCCUUUAUUAUACCAUAUCCACCCUGUCCGAAGUCUCUACUUGGUCUCAGUUCUCCAGUAAACUUGUUUUAUCAACAACAUUUAGUUAGCUAACUGUUGCUAGCUAGUUUGUCCUGGGACAUGAACAAUUGCCAAAAGCUUGCUCGUUUGCAAUUUCGACCUGUUAAAGCCGGCGCUCUUCUGUUUUCAAACCCUUGCGCACAGUGCCCAUAUGCACAUGGAACGCGAGAGAUGUGCUUUUUGUGCCCGUAAACCUCGCAUUUGAUUAAAAACCAAUGAAGGCAGUUUUGUUUGUCCUACCCAAUGCAUUCGCCAAGUAGCCAAGACUAUCAUAAAGGGUUUGGCUCGUGACACCGCUUUGAAAUAAAUCUAGUUUGGGAACUUCCCCUUUUUAUCUAUGUAGGCUAUUGUACAUCAUUUUAUCCAACUCCUCUUAUUAUUUUGGAUGUGCGUAAAAAACCCUCCAUGUAGGCUUUAUGCCCAUUCUGGAACGAGAGAUGAGAUGAUCCAGUGACACUCUUAUUUAGAAACAUUGAAGUUAUUUUCCUGUAACCAUAGAUUGUUUUCAGUUUUGUUUGAUUAAAGAACAAGCCCUUAUAGGCUACCCUUACCCUACUAUAAUGAAAGCUGGUUCAACAGCAAUGCGUCUGGUGUCUUUCUUAUCAUGGCCAUGCAUUAGCCAAGUAGCCUAGCCAUAAAAGGUUUCUAAAUGGUCUACUCCUGAGGCUUUUGCUAUCAUGCUUUUGCAUUAUUCACAAUUCACAUAGGCCUACCUGCAGUGCAUAGACUACUCCAUUCGGCUUGGACCCAUCCCCAAUUCCAAAGAGCGCCUCUUGUCUGGUUACCAAAGACGCGCUCCUCCAAACAUAUUCAAAUUGUUAAGUGCUAUAACGCCAUAUCAACAGAAGGCCUGGCUAUAUCUUGCUUAUUUAGAAUGUUCCUCACACCUACAAUAUAAUUUACGGGAGCCUAGUAUUUCUUAUUUGAGGAGAAGUGCGAUGCGUAAAGGCCUAUACUCGUUGAAGUCAGUUACAACCAUGUUGACUGUCAACACUCCAAACACAUUGAUCAAACACUGGAUGUUUUUUCUUUACUGUUGCUAUUACUCAUUACUGUAGCCUAUGCUAUUUAAUAAACUGUAUCAAUCCACAAUGGACUAGGAAGAGAAUAUUCUGUGCUCCCAGCCGAAUUAGAGUUGAUGACAACGCAAAGACCGUCAAUAACCGACAGAACUUGAGACAACGGCAUGCCGUAUUAAGCCAUGAAACGGUCAUCACACUUAUAAUUAAGUCCUCGUCACACUUAUAAUUGAUUUAGUCAUCAAAACCCAGCCUUUUUGCGCUACCGCAAGCUAUUCUGCUCAUAAUUACCGCAGUGAAAAUAGCUAGAAUAUUCCUGAUACAGCCCCGGACCUAUAGCCCAACCGCCAGCCCUAAGAUUUACCAUUGCUAAAAUGCAUUAUUAAAAUAGAGCCCUGGGUUGUUAUUUUACCUGACAUGCAUAUGGUCCUCUUUUUAACUGGUUCUUUGUAGAAUUUUGACCUGGAGUCAUACAAAAUCUUCUGUUUCUCUACUCCGACAGUUAAUCCACAGAUGCUAGUUCACACGUGUGAGCGGUGUGGGUGAAAUGAUUAAAUAACAUGUACAGUGAGGGAAAAAAGUAUUUGAUCCCCUGCUGAUGUUGUACGUUUGCCCACUGACAAAGAAAUGAUCAGUAUAUAAUUUUUAUGGUAGGUUUAUUUGAACAGUGAGAGACAGAAUAACAACAAAAUAAUCCAGAAAAACGCAUGUCAAAAAUGUUAUAAAUUUAUUUGCAUUUUAAUGAGGGAAAUAAAUAUUUGACCCCCUCUCAAUCAGAAAGAUUUCUGGCUCCCAGGUGUCUUUUAUACAGGUAACGAGCUGAGAUUAGGAGCACACUCUUAAAGGGAGUGCUCCUAAUCUCAGGUUGUUACCUUUAUACAAGACACCUGUCCACAGAAGCAAUCAAUCAAUCCGAUUCCAAACUCUCCACCAUGGCCAAGACCAAAGAGCUCUCCAAGGAUGUCAGGGACAAGAUUGUAGACCUACACAAGGCUGGAAUGAGCUACAAGACCAUCGCCAAGCAGCUUGGUGAGAAGGUGACAACAGUUGGUGCGAUUAUUCGCAAAUGGAAGAAACACAAAAUAACUGUCAAUCUCCCUCGGCCUGGGGCUCCAUGCAAGAUCUCACCUCGUGGAGUUGAAAUGAUCAUGAGAACGGUGAGGAAUCAGCCCAGAACUACACGGGAGGAUCUUGUCAAUGAUCUCAAGGCAGCUGGGACCAUAGUCACCAAGAAAACAAUUGGUAACACACUACACCGUGAAGGACUGAAAUCCUGCAGCGCCCGCAAGGUCCCCCUGCUCAAGAAAGCACAUAUACAGGCCCAUCUGAAGUUUGCCAAUAAACAUCUGAAUGAUUCAUAGGAGAACUGGGUGAAAGUGUUGUGGUCAGAUGAGACCAAAAUUGAGCUCUUUGGCAUCAACUCAACUCGCCGUGUUUGGAGGAGGAGGAAUGCUGCCUAUGACCCCAAGAACACCAUCCCCACCGUCAAACAUGGAGGUGGAAACAUUAUGCGUUUGGGGGUGUUUUUCUGCUAAGGGGACAGGACAACUUCACCGCAUCAAAGGGAUGAUGGACGGGCCAUGUACCGUCAAAUCUUGGGUGAGAACCUCCUUCCCUCAGCCAGGGCAUUGAAAAUAGGUCGUGGAUGGGUAUUCCAGCAUGACAAUGACCCAAAACACACGGCCAAGGCAACAAAGGAGUGGCUCAAGAAGGAGCACAUUAAGGUCCUGGAGUGGCCUAGCCAGUCUCCAGACCUUAAUCCCAUAGAAAAUCUGUGGAGGGAGCUGAAGGUUCGAGUUGCCAAACGUCAGCCUCAACCUUAAUGACUUGGAGAAGAUCUACAAAGAGGAGUGGGACAAAAUCCCUCCUGAGAUGUAUGCAAACCUGGUGGCCAACUACAAGAAAUGUCUGACCUCUGUGAUUGCCAAUAAGGGUUUUGCCACCAAGUACUAAAUAAUGUUUUGCAGAGGGGUCAAAUACUUAUUUCCCUCAUUAAAAUGCAAAUCAAUUUAUAACAUUUUUUACAUGCGUUUUUCUGGAUUUUUUUGUUGUUAUUCUGUCUCUCACUGUUCAAAUAAACCUAAUAUUAAAAUUAUAGACUGAUCAUGUCUUUAUCAGUGGGCAAACGUACAAAAUCAGCAGGGGAUCAAAUACUUUUUUCCCUCACUGUAUGUGUACAUUUAUUUUGCAACGCUCGCCCACGCAACGUGGCCGUUGUGGUUUGGUUGUAUAGCUGAGCUUCUGUUUUUGUAUUUGAGCUUCUGUAUUUCUGUAUUUUUCUGUUUCUUCUGUGUUUGUAGCAUUUGAAAAUGAUUAUGUUGGUGUCAUAUGUGACUGUCACAGACACAAUGAUCCUACUUUAUUAAUUUUCCAAUGUGUCUGUUGAGUUCUCCUGACGCACACGUUAAUCCCUGCUUGUCCUGUUUAUGACUCUGUGUGCGUGCGGAGUGUAGCGUGCGUGGCGUGUGUGUGCGUUUUGUUUUUCUGUCUCUCUGUCUUUCUGUCUGGGCCCAAGACAAUCCUCCUGUCUGGAGAGAAGUUGUUUGUCUUACAAGUUUAGAAGAGCUGACAAUGACAUUCCUCCAUGUUGUUUUGAAUUGUUUCCUUCCUCCUCUGUCCUAUGGAGUCACCUGACUGAACCAGUCUCAUGACUGUUACACAGCCCCAUGAUCCACCAUUAUACAGCUCAGAGUCACUGUCAGGAGUCCUGCUUUUAUAGUCCUGCUUUUAUACACCGUCUGUUCUGUUCCCCUGCCUCUCCCACGAGCCCCCUCUCCCACACACUAGGAGUUCUUGACAUCCCUGUCAUCGUUAGUUGGUAGGCAGAACCCCACAGGACUUGUGAGUUAUUUACCAGCUCAGACACAUGUCUCUGUAGUGCAGUUAUAUAGCUACCAGAAUAAUCUGGCUAAUGCACUUGUGUCACUUUAAAGGACACAGCUGGCUACAGGAAGUAGAUAGAAUAGCACACUGCCAGUCUGCCUCAAUGUCAACCCACACAGGCUGUUGGGUCUGUGACACUCAGUCUGCAUCUUCUAAGAGACAUUGAAAUAGCACACAAACAGUACGGUACAAGCUGUAGGCCUAUAGAAUAAUGUAAUGUAUGUAAAAUACAUCCUGUUCCCCCCUUUACCAAGUUUGUUUAUCCACCGGGCCAAAUAUACUAAGAUGUCAACCAAAGCUGGAUAAUGAUUGAAUGUGAACGUCAGGUGUUUGUCUGGUGGGUUGGUGUCAUGUGAGUAAGGUCAUAUUGUAAAACAAGGCUCAUAUUGACAUUCAUGUAAACACAUGCUCUUCCUUACCUCCAGUUAGUGCAGUCAGUGGUGCUAUAUAAUGAACAGCCCUCAUCCACCAUCUCCAGUCUGAAUACACUACUGAACUACACCAAGCCAGUCUGAAUACACUACUACACUACACCAAGCCAGACUGAAUACGCUACUGAACUACACCAAGCCAGUCUGAAUACACUACUACACUACACCAAGCCAGUCUGAAUACGCUACUGAACUACACCAAGCCAGACUGAAUACGCUACUGAACUACACCAAGCCAGUCUGAAUACACUCCUACACACCAAGCCAGUCUGAAUACACUACUGAACUACACCAAGCCAGUCUGAAUACACUCCUACACACCAAGCCAGUCUGAAUACACUACUGAACUACACCAAGCCAGUCUGAAUACACUACUACACACCAAGACAGAUUGAAUACACUACUGAACUACACCAAGCCAGUCUGAAUACACUACUACACACCAAGCCAGACUGAAUACACUACUGAACUACACCAAGCCAGUCUGAAUACACUACUGAACUACACCAAGCCAGACUGAAUACACUACCGAACUACACCAAGCCAGACUGAAUACACUACUGAACUACACCAAGCCAGUCUGAAUACAUUACUGAACUACACCAAGCCAGACUGAAUACACUACUGAACUACACCAAGCCAGACUGAAUACACUACUACACACCAAGCCAGACUGAAUACACUACUGAACUACACCAAGCCAGUCUGAAUACACUACUGAACUACACCAAGCCAGACUGAAUACACUACUGAACUACACCAAGCCAGUCUGAAUACACUCCUACACACCAAGCCAGUCUGAAUACAGUCCUACACACCAAGCCAGUCUGCAUACUCUCCUACACACCAAGCCAGUCUGCAUACACUCCUACACACCAAGCCAGUCUGCAUACUCUCCUACACACCAGGUCCAUGUUCAUCUCUGAGAGGAGAAGAUAAGACAGCAGAGUUUCUCUCCUCAUGUGGGAAGCCAGCACAGUACAGUACAGGACCGGAGUUGUGAUAUUCUGUGCUUCUCUUCUGUUUUGUGGUCCUCCAGGUGGAGACGCGGGACACACUGAACAACAUAGCGCUCAAGUUUGACACCACGCCCAACGAACUGGUUCAGCUCAACAAGCUGUUCUCCAGAGCCGUCUGUCCUGGCCAGGUGUGAACACGAUCUACUGUACACCCAUCACUGGUUCCCAGUCACUUUCAGAGACCUCCUGGGCAACACCUUUUUGUUCCAGCCCCACACUAGCAUGCCUUAUUCAAAUAGUCAACUACUGUUGUCACAAACCCCUUGAUUAGGUUGAAUUAGGUAUGCUAAUGCUGGGCUGUAAGACAAAUGUACAGUCCUGGAAGAGUUCCCUGAGGAAUGGAUUGAGAAACACCAUUCUACUACACUCAUGCUUGGUGUGUUUCUCUCUCACUGCAUCUAUCCUCCAUGCCACAACCACUAACACUCACCCACUCCUCAUCCCUGCUCUCUCUUCCCAUUGAUUCUGACAAUGGCAUAUACUGGUGUCACACAAAGUCACUACUAACCACUCAUAAGAGUUAAAACAUUAUGUGUGUUUAUUCCGCUAAGACAUCUGUGUCAUGGGAAACAGGGUGUUGAAAACCCCCCAGUCCUCAGGCAAUAGCAUUAAAAAGGUACAACUUCAUGGGUUCUGUUCAUUAGGACAUAUCGUAGCAAAACGCUUCACAACGGAAAACAAAAAACAAGCAUGUCUUAUUGGACAAAGUUCAGCUAGUACCUCCCUCUUUUACGCAGUUUCGGAUUGUUUCGUUCCGUGGCUACUGAACAGAACCCUGGGCUCAAUGUCGCUGGGCUCAAUGUCUCCCUAUUUCGGUUGUGUCCUAUUGAACUCUCUCUGAGGCCCCAAAUAGCACCCCAGAACAUGACAAACAGCCAAAGUUGGUAUUUUCCUGGCGUCAGAACCAGAGCCACUCGAAUCUACUCAAAUGGAGAGUCAAGGCGGGGAGUCUGCAAUCACAUUGACAGUCAGAGUCAGUAGCAGCACUCAGCAAUAUGACGCACAAUGCAGGGUUAUUGAUGUUGUUUCCAACCAGCCAGCCAGCUCUGGAGGGCUCUCAGCAUCUCUCUACUGGGAUCCAUGACCAAACACUGCCUUAGCACCACCAGUAUUAUCACAGAGGAACACACACACACACGCACGCACACACACACACGCACACACACUGGGAUCAGAAAAACUCCUGUUCUGUCCCUGGCUACACUUAGCCUGCCAUGGCGUCACAUUGGGCCCAUUCAGUCAGAACACGCUCACCACCACUUAACUGUCUGGCCCUGCUCUCAGGGGGACAAGGAGACACAAGUAGGGCCUCUCAAGAUCCUUAACGCCGACAACACAUGCUAAUCUAGUGCUUGAACAAAGAUCUAUAUUCAACAUAUCCUAUGUUGACUUAGUCAUAGCAUAAUGAACUCUAAAAACAUCAGAAACAGUGUGAGAAAUAGUACAUCUGAUGGUUUUAUGACACGCAUUGUGUGCUUUCACUUUUUGUUGUUUGUCCACCUUGUGAUGUCAUAAAUUAUGCUGAAAACAUUAUUAUUUUCAUAGUCACUUCUGUCUUUGCAUGUACAGUACCAGUCAAAAGUGUGGACACACCUACUCAUUCAAGGGUUUUUCUUUAUUUUUGCUAUUUUCUACAUUGUAGACUAAAAGUGAAGACAUCAAAACUAUGAAAUAACACAUAUGGAAUCACGUAGUAACCAAAAAAGUGUUAAAACAAAUCAAAAUAUAUUUUAUAUUUGAGAUUCUUCAAAUAGCCACCCUUUGCCUUUAUGACAGCUUUGCACACUCUUGGCAUUCUCUCAACCAGCUUCAUGAGGUAGUCACCUGGAAUGCAUUUCAAUUAACAGGUGUGCCUUCUUAAAAGUUAAUUUGUGGAAUUUAUUUCCUUCACUAUUAUUCUACAAUGUAGAAAAUAGUAAAAAAUAAAGAGAAACCCUUGAAUGAGUAGGUGUGUCCAAACUUUUGACUGGUAGUGUAUGUUCCUUUCUCUGUGUGCACACACGUGUGUAGGCCUGUUUAAAUCCAGACAUGGAUUGUGUUUGCAGGUUCUGUACGUUCCUGAUCCUGAGCACAUAUCCAGUGUGGGGAGCUCCCCUUCCCUUAGCCCCAUCAGCCCUCUGUCUCCCACCUCCUCAGAAGCUGAUUUAGAGAAGGUGACG